UCGCCGGAAGGAGUCGGUGGGCCUGAGGAGGCCCGCGAUCCCGCACACACACGGAUAGGCAGGACGGGAGGGACGCCGAUUAUCCGUGUCUAUACUAGCCGGACACCGUUGCUAGCUGCUGGAGGACCGGGGACGCGCUCAGGGCGACGGUUUGGAGCCCGCCCGGUACAGAACUGUUGGGACCCUGCCUGCCGCGUUGCGUUCUCUUUCACACUCACUCACUGACUGACUCGCUCACACACACAGCGGUCUGAUUAGGUCACUUUCAUUUCGGAGAGCAUCCUCCGUCGACCCUGAAUGAACCAAAGAGUUGAAGUCUCCUGAGGCUCUGCCACACGCUGCCGAGAAGAGCACAAGUUCCGCUGCAGAUCAACACAGACAUGACCAGUUCACCAGCUCCUAGAAUGGUUCACAGUUACAAACGUACCUCCAGUCCCCGGUCUCCCACCAACACUGGAGAGCUUUUUACACCUGCGCAUGAGGAAAAUGUUCGCUUUAUCCACGACACCUGGAUGUGCGUCAUGAGGGACAUAAAGUCUUCCCAGGGCAGCGAGCGCAGUGAAAGAGGACCCCAAGAAUAUGUGGAGAAGAACCCAAAUCCCGCUCUCCACUCUUUCACACCAGUUGACCUCAGUGAGAUCAAGAGACGGAGUGCACAAGACUCCAAGAAGUCUUAGUUGUUUGUCCAGCCCGUCUUUUUUUCCUCCAAUUUUCUCUUUGGUCAAGCCUUCCUAUCAAGCUGCUCAACCAGUCUGUCACUUCCACCCCUGGACAGUUGUCACACGCUUAGAUGGCCGGGAUUGCUAGCCUGCUGUUCUGAAGCUACUGUGCUGCAAUUGUAGUCUUGUGACAGAAAUCUCUCUAUAUCCUGAGCAUCCCUCUCCAAAACACAAGUGCCACACUUUACCUUUCUGGACCUGUGCUUUGGUUGACUCUUGACCUUUAGUCCCUUUUGCUGGGAAGUUUAUCAAGGAGGCUGAACUAUGUUUUCAUGGUGUUUCUUCUGUCCUGAUUCCUGGAUGCAGGGUUACUACGUAAAAAAAAACAGCUUUGAAUAAUAUUAACCGUUCUCUUUUAAAUGAGAUUUACUGAACAGAUGCAGACUGCUUUUAGAAGGCAGUGCAGGGUAACUAGUCUUUUCCCUUAUUUUCUGAGUUACAUUCAGUAGAAUCUACAGUCUUAUGUAAACGCCUUUGCUCUGCUCAAAUUUCUGAUUACAUCUAUAAUAAUAGAUUUUCAGGGCUUUGGAAUUUUUUCUAUUUCAUCAUUGGUAAAAGUAGUUUCACAGAGUGUGAUGAGAGUAGUGGAGCACAGGGGGGUUGGGCUCAGAAUAUUUUAAAAUCAGUUGGUCUUUUUAAUUGAGCUCCUUAGUUUUGGGAAAACUAAAUUUUUGGUCUGCUGGUAGAGU